AUGGCAGAGACCGUUCAAGAUGUUUCUGAAGCAGAUAAGCGACAUCUCGUUGAACUCGUCAAAGAACUCAGACGCUCCAAUGCGGUGCUACGGGCAGAAACUGAUAUGUAUGAGUGGUAUAUAAGCCGCUUGGACCCCAGGGACUUGGUUCCUCAGCCGUUAUCAGAUUCCCUGGGAGCAGCUGCAGCAUCACAUUAUCAGGCAACUCUGGAGGAAGCAGAUAUUCGACUUGUGGAGGUCAAGAAAGCAAGUUAUGAGUUUGACCGUGAUGUCGCUAAGGUGUUGAGGGAGAAGAGAGGUGUCAUGAUGGGAGCAGAGAAGGUCAUUCGAUAUUUUGAGGACAGGAUGAGAGCAAAGGACACACUGGUUGAGAAGUUGCGGUUGAAGAAUGCAGCUCUCCAUGUGCAGAAGAGGAAGUUGCAGUUACAGCUACGACAGAAAGAGGAAAUGGGUGAAGCCCUGCACGAGGUGGAUUUCCAGCAGCUGAAGAUCGAGAACAGCCAGUAUCUCGAACGCAUUGAUGAAAGAAACCAGGACCUUCUGCGCCUAAAACUCCUGGCAGGAAACACCCUACAGGUUCUCAACUCCUACAAGAAGAAGCUGCAGAGCAUGACAUGUGAGUCAAAGCUGCUUAGUAGUGACAUCACCUCCCGUAAGGAGAUGCUGGUGAAGAUCGAGGAGGAGACACUGCAGGCAGAAGAGGAGCGAGCCAAGGCUGAGACUCUUAACAGGAAGCUGCGAGGCCAGCUGGCAGAUUUCCGUGUUCCCCACGUGCUGCAAUACAUCACAGCUAAGGCCUCCCAUAGCCAGCUCGAGCAGAGUGUCCGAGCCUGGGAGCGAAAAGUUGAGAUUUCUGAGAUGGCUCUGAAGACACAUACCAAGACCUGGAACAAGCUGAAGGAAGCUGCAGGAGUAGGACCAGUCACAGCCCGGUGAACCCGCACAUGCUUCCUAAUAAAUCUAUUCUCUGCAAAUAUUCAAUCAUCCAAAGCAGUCAAAAAACUGUCAAAAAUCCAUCAGUCUCUUUUGUAAACUAGCGGAGAUAUGCCCUUAUAAAGUAACUCAUGUGUUUUAGCUGUUUUUAACUUGCAGUAUAUGGAACAUUUGUAGAAUGGUUGAACAAUCAUGCCUUAAGUCACAAUUGAACUUAUCGCUUGUAAUAGGGUGGUUAAGCUGAUAAAUCGUUCAUUUUUUGAUAAAAACACAAAAUAUGUACCCUGAAAAGAUUUCAAUAUGGAGCCACCCCAGAUUUGACCUCUGGGGGGUGUGGCAGCCAUUCUUUUAAAUGGCCCCCAACUAACAACAUUUUACAAUUCAGAAGGACUGCUUUGAGGUAAAGGCACCAACUUUGUCAUAGACCCUAGAAUUAUGGUCCCUGAAAAGAUCUAGAUAUGGAGCCACCACAGAUUUGGCCCCUGGGGGCUGUGGCGGCCAUCUUACAAAAUGGUUGCCGAUGGUAACACUAUGGUAGCCUUAGAUACCCUUAAACGAUUUAGAUAUGGCGCCACUGCAGAUUUGGCCCUGGCAGCUAUCUUACUAAAUGUCCCCAGACUGUAUCACUAUUUUGCAAACAAAUAAUCUACAAAAUGUCAUGGCCUAUACUUAUUUGACUUAAAAGUAAUGGCCUAUACUUCUUGGCCUGGAUCUCCUGAAACACAAAAGGUUUAACAGUUACACACAGUAUAAUACAGGGAUCAACUAGAUUAAGCUGCAAACAAUUUUUUAUUGAGCGGAUGGUCAAGGGGCUGGAACAUAAUUACAAAUAAUUUGCAAAUUGACCGCAAGA